CAAUAAUUUUAUUGAUGAUUACUCAAAAGUAAAUGUUUUAGGUGUAAUUAAAGUUACUAGCAUUUUGAAAGAUAUUCAAAAAAUAAAUAUUCUAAUUAUAACUGAAGUUGCUAAUACUUUAAAAAGUACUCAAGAAACAAAUACUUCAAUUAUAACUAAAAUUAUUAACACUUUAAAAGAUACUCAAAAAUAA